AUGAAGGGCCGAUUCAUUGUCAAUCCGUUCCAGGAACUCAACUUAACUUCGGGUGAUCGCACCUCGCUUGAAGACCUGGCCAACCAAUGUAUCGCGAGCAAUCUCGAGCUAUGCAUGAAGUACAUGUCGGGUUCGCAACGAAGCGUAGACCCGCGCCACUGGAAGCUGCUAAAGGAGAAAGAAAAGCUUAAGGUGUAUACGGAAAGACCUGAGGGUGCAGCUGCUGCAGCAGCUUCCGGUAACGAAGCAACCGGGUCGGGACUUCCUAUGCUUCUGUGCGUCGGUAACAUAGGCGGCAAAUUGGAAGACCUUUUGUUUGGUAUGAUCAGUGAAGACUUGGAAACAAUGCGCAUCAAGGCUUCGUACGUUGGCGACGUCAGUGGAGCAGCUGUGCUUGAUUCCGUGAUCCUUCCGACACUAGAAGACCCAUUCCAAUCGCUGGCGAUAAAAUGGAUGGAGCUCGAUAUUCCGUUUAACUCGACGAGUCUCGUCAAGAAUCGUGACUAUGUUUACCUCGAGGGAACAGGCUACGUGACCAACUCAAAUGGCGAGCGUAUGGGCUAUCACCUCUUGCACUCGGUGAACUUUCCACAAACUCACAGACUACCGAACCGUGUUCGCGGCAACCUCUCCAUCAUUGGCUUUUGGCGGCAGAUUGGAAACGAUACGAUGGAAAUGUAUGCUACUGGGGUUAUGGAUCCUGUUGCUUCUGACCUCAUCCGCAAGCUCGUGGUUCCGAACAUGGCCAACAUGUUGCUAUCGACUCUUAAGUACGUCUAUUGCGGACACAUGAAGAAGCUGUCGUUUAUGCUCGAGAAAGCAUAUGCGGACUCCAAGUUGCACGGCGCACCAAACAGGAAGAUUAUUUGUGUCACGUGCUCGUCACCGAUCUUUGGCCGAAAGCUGGGCAAUUUCGGCAAGAGCAACAGUACGUGCAAGCUUUGCUUUGGGUUUGUGUGUCACGCAUGCAAAGUCGUUCGUAAGCUGAGCUUUGUAGAUCCGGAUCUUCUUCUAUCGCAGCGCAGGGUGACUUUCUGUACGGCAUGCAUGAGCUUAGUCGCGAACUUUAGCUCCGUACACUGUGCUCGUGCGCGGAUGCUCAAGCACCGAACGGUAAACCGCUCAAGUGCGGAUCAAACAUUGCCAUUCGCAGAUAGCAUUUGGGAAUAG